AUGAUUGUACGACAGUUUGGUGUGCGGCAAAGCCGCCAAUUGCUCGCUCUCACUCGCCGCGCCCCGGUCUACAGCCGCUCAUUCUCCGAUGCACCCGUCGACACAACAGUCGAGACUCCAGCCGAGACUCCAUCCAUUUCAGCUAUCAUCCCCAAAGUCACUCAGGCUGCACGCCAACCAACCCCUAAAGAGGCCUGGAAGGGCUCCUUAAGGUCAAAAGCGAACUUCAACGCCCUUGGCUCCACCGUCCAGGAAAUCCACACCCAUGAUGUUCUCACCAACCCCCCCUCCCCAUCAGAUGUCACCCUCGAGCUCCUCCUCGCUGCAGGCACACACAUGGGCCACAGCACCUCCCGCUGGAACCCGCAGAACAGUCGCUACAUCUUCGGUAUCCGCGAGGGCAUCCACAUCAUUUCCCUCGACAUAACAGCCGCGUACCUCCGCCGUGCCGCAAAGGUCAUCGAAGAGGUCGCCGCCCGCGGCGGCAUCAUCCUCUUCGUCGGAACCCGCAAGGGCCAAAAGGCCGCCGUUGUCCGCGCUGCCGAGCUGGCGCGCGGAUACCACAUCUUCGAGCGCUGGAUCCCCGGCUCCCUGACGAACGGAGAGCAGAUUCUAGGCCACUGCGAGACACAGGUUGUGAAUGCGGUGGAUGAGCCCCUGCUCGAGUUCAAGCAGGAUCUGGCGGAUCGGCCGUCCGUGAAGCCGGACUUGGUUGUUUGUCUCAACCCGUUGGAGAAUGUUGUGCUGCUGCACGAGUGUGGUUUGAAUAAUGUGCCUACGGUCGGAAUUGUGGAUACGGAUGCGGAUCCUACUCGUUUGACAUAUCCCAUUCCUGCGAAUGACGAUAGUCUUCAGGCUGUUGGGCUUAUUGCGGGUGUUUUGGGUCGUGCUGGUGAGGCGGGUCAGAAGAGGAGACUUGGGUUGGCUGCGCAGGGCGAGUUGACCUACAAGCCUAUCACUUCGAAGGAGUUGAAGCUGGAUCCGUUCACUGGUGAGAUUCCUGGUGCUGAGAAUAAGAAGUAG